AUCAUUCUGCCGAGUGAACUCCACAAUGCUACGUCGUACUGUGAAGAACGGUUUGAGGACGAGCUCCCAGUUGGCUGCUGCCAGAAAUCCGGAUCAGGUUCAACAACUGGAAUCGGAAUGGCAGUUGGCGAAACCCUUUACUGAACUCCCCGGUCCAACGAGAUGGCAAUUGUUUCGUGACUACCAAAGGGGCGGCCAGUACCACAAUCUGGGUAUGGAAGAGAUGAUGCAUCUGUACAGGAAACAGUUUGGCGACAUCUGCAUGAUCCCCGGACUCUUUGGCAUGCCCUCCACGGUGUUCGCCUUCAAUGCGGAGACCUUCGAAAAGAUCUAUCGGACCGAGGGUCAGUGGCCCGUGAGAGGUGGCGCCGAGCCCGUUCUUCACUACCGCGAGAACCGACCUGAUGGUUUUUUCAAAGACUGCGUGGGAUUGUUCAGCAAUGGCCCUCAAUGGGGUACGAUGAGAAGUGCCGCAAAUCCCGUCCUCAUGCAGCACCGCAAUGUGGCAGUCUAUCUGGAGCCGAUGCAACGUGUCAAUCGCCAGUUCAUCCAACGCAUUCGAGAGCUGCGCGAUAGGGAAUCGUCGGAGGUACCGGCCAACUUUGUGCAAACUAUUAACCAGUUGACCUUCGAGUCGGUGGCCACGUUGGCCCUGGACAAGGAACUGGGACUCCUUAGGGCAACCAAUCAGCCGGCUGAAGCCGCGAAACUCUUUCAGGACAUUACAAUAGUAAUGGAAUCGUUUUUUGAACUUGGCCUCAAGCCCUCUAUAUACAAGUAUAUUUCAACGCCCACUUACAGAAAGUUUAGCCGGGCCUUCGACGGGAUCUUCGACACCUGCUCGUUGUACAUAAACGAGGCUAUAGAACGAAUCGAAGCGAAAUCGGAGAAAGCAGACUCCAAAGGGAACAAGAGCAUUCUCGAGCAGUUGCUGCAGGUUGAUAGAAAGUUCGCUAUUGUCAUGGCCAUGGAUCUGCUAAUGGGCGGAGUGGAAACCACAACUACGGCCUUGGUUGGACUAAUGCUGAAUCUGGCCAAGAAUCCGGAGAAGCAACAGAAGCUCAGGGAGGAACUGUUAUCCAAGCUGCCUUCGCCAGAUAAGGAAUUUACGCUGGAGGAUAUGAAAUCUCUGCCAUAUCUGAGGGCCUGCAUCAAGGAAUCGCUGCGGGUGUAUCCGGUUACCUUUGGAAAUGCCCGAUCCGCCGGAGCUGAUGUGGUGUUGAACGGAUAUCGCAUCCCCAAGGGCACGCCCUUCAUGUUGACCAACAUUUUUCUGCUGAAGGAUGAGCGCUUCUAUCCACGGCCAGAAGAAUUCCUGCCGGAGCGUUGGCUGCGCACUAAGGAUGCCGGCGAGGACAGUUCGGAGGCCCCCAUGAAGAAUCCUUUUGUUUACCUGCCCUUUGGCUUUGGACCUCGCAUGUGCGUGGGAAAACGGAUAGUGGAUCUCGAGCUGGAACUGACCGUGGCCAAUGUGGUACGAAAUUUCCACAUAGAAUAUAAUUACCCCACCGAAAAGGCCUUCAGAUCCACGUUUCUCUACAUGCCCAAUAUUCCACUUCAGUUUAAAUUUACCGAUGUGGGAUAUUAAAAUAAAUAAAAAGAAGCAUAAGAAUAUAUACGAUAAAGUCAGAUAAAAAUUUCUAUAUA